CUGCCAUUAAACUAGAAGAAGAAAGAAAAAGAAGAAAACAAACGUUUCCUCCGACGUUUCUAAAACAGGUUGAAGUCAUGUUGAGUCUGGAGAUGUUCGAGAAGCAGGUUCAGGCUCUAAUGGAGGCUCUGCUGGAGGCGGCAAGGACGGAGCUCCGCAGGAUCCUCCUGAGCGGGAGCUGGAGCAGCGGGGUGUCCGCUCUGCAGCGCUCAGCCGCGGGGGAGGGAGAGCGGGCAGUUGCACUCAUAACGGACCAGUUCUUUUCUCUCAUGAAGGUUUGUACCAAAGAUGUCCCUGAGAAAACCGCCAUGAUGGUGAGAAUGUCCGUGUGUGAAACCCGUCCUGGACUGAGCACCAAUCCAGAGGUUGACCACAGAAAAAAACUGGCUGCAUGCAGGAGGAGAUUCAAAAGGGAACUCCAGUCUGCGGUGACAAACCUCAGCGGUCAUAUAAGCUGCAAAGAAGAGCAGCAGACUGAGGUGCUGAGCGAAGCGGCAGCUGAGUCAGAGAUAAACCCUGCCUCAUGUGAGGAAGUGACCUCUGAACCUUCGCCUGCUCCUGAUGCAGUUUCGCUCGACCACCCUCCUGCGCCGGAUCCCGAUGACGGAGAGGAAAACUUCAAACAAACAAACGUCUCCAAAAAGAAAGCGGGGUCAAUCCAGUGUACUUCAUGUGACAAAACAUUUACUCAGAAGUGCCUAAUGGAGAGGCACAACCAGAGUCACACCAAACCUCACACCUGUUCUCACUGCGGCAAGUGUUUCGCAACCCUCCGCGAUCUGAUCCCCCACACCAGGAAACACACGGGUGAAAAGGUGUACAGCUGUCCGGACUGUGGGAUCCGGUUUGCCUACAAGAGUACGUUUGACCGACACAUGCGGAGCCACACUCUGAAGAAGAUGGAAAUCUUCAUGCAUACCUGCCCGCUGUGCGAGAACCAGUUCACAAGUAUGUCCAUGUUCCAGCGACACAUGUGCUCCGCACUGCAAAGAACUUUCGUGUGCUCCGUUUGUCCAGAGACGUUUGAGUGCAGAAAAGGUUUGGCCGAUCACGAGGUUCUCCACUCGGAGAACAAGGACUUUAUUUGUGAAAUGUGUGGCGAGAGGUUCCUCUCGUCCUCGUCUUUGGCCACUCACAGAGUCACUCACCUACAGGAAGAAAACUCCUACGACGACUCGAUUAACCAUGGCAGAAAGAAACUCUUUAGUUGCCCUAUCUGUGGGAAAGAGCUGAGCCACCAGAGCGCCCUGAAGCACCACAUGCUUAAACACACCGGACAGAAAGAUCACAUCUGCGAGACCUGCGGCAAACGUUGCGGGCACGCCAGCGCGCUGCAAAACCACAAGAGGGUCCACACGGGAAAGAAACGUGGAGAGAGGCCGGCCUGCGACGAAUGCGGCAAAACCUUCACCUCGGCAAGCCGCCUCAAGCGGCACACGAUAAUCCACACUGAAAACAAACCGUACACCUGCAGCCACUGCGGGAAGGAGUUCAACAACCCCAGCAACCUCAAGGCGCACGCCUUGACUCACCGCAGCACAAAGAUGUUUGGGUGCAACGUCUGCGGCAGGAGGUUCGCUCAGAGCGCCGGCCUCAAGCAGCACAGACAACUCCACGUCGGGAAGUUCAAAUGCAAAGUCUGUGGGAAAGGAUUCACCCUCAAACACAAGUUACUGAAACAUGAGAGGCAGCACCGGUCUGGGGGGACAGGAGGUGGUGGAUCGGCUGAAGAAACUGAUCAAAUCCAAAACCAAUCAAACCUCUGACGUCUCUGUGAUUACUUUCUUCCAAACAUGGUUUAAAGUUUCUCAACAGAUCUUUACGGAGCCCCUAAAGGGACAUGGAGGGAAAAAAAAAACCUUUGCGAGAUCCCGCAAAACUU